UUGUUGUAUGGAGUUUGAUAGACUUACUUAUUACGUUGUUAAAGUUAAAGUAAGAUGGUGCAACUCAACCUUAGUCAUGAGUAAUAUUUUUCACUUGGUUCCUAAUCGUUAGGACUAUUUCGAAAAUCAAGUCGAGGUAAUUAAUCCUUUUGAAUUUUGGUUUUUGCAGGAAUACAUCAUGCAGCCACGGUUGGCUCCGCUUGGUGGUUCAAAUUAUCUUCGGAGCCAUCAUCGUGGCGAGCUUCACUAUGAUCGUCCUCAUGGCUGUCAAACGACCGACAACUGUAGUCUCUUAUACGUCGACAAAAUGCGAAAUUACAAACUGCCUAAUCGAAUGUUCGGGGGUGAUGUUCGAUCGAAACGAAGAAAGUGACGUCAUUUCUGCUGUAAUGGAGGCUGGAAUGCAGUGCCCAAACACUAGACUCUCCCUUCAACAUCCCAUAUUCCCUAAUGAAACCUUACCUGUUCGCUGGAUGAGCAGAAUGCCACCGAACAUUCACAAUCUUGAGAUUGUAGGGGGUAACUUACGUCAUAUUCCCUCUACAUCAUUCCUUGGGCACUUUGCAGGCAAUUUGAGAGUUCUUACCAUGGAAGAUGUAACUAUUUCCCAGUGGAUGUCAGAUACAUUUGUCGGAUUAUCCAAGUUAAAAGUACUUUCCAUGAGAAACUGCACUUUCGAAAUUAUGGAGAGAAAUGCUCUAAGAGCUUUGCGUCGCACUGUGCGUACUCUCACCGUGAUCAAUAGCGGUAAAUGGAACCCAGCUUAUAUUACUGGAAGCAUUUCCGCAGAUCGAUUAACCAGAGUCGAUCUUUCUUCAAACUAUUUUGGAAGGUUUAUAAGAGCCCACACAUUUAUGGGACUCAAGUCGUGCGAAUUUCUAUUUUUAAAUUCAUGCCACAUCACCGCCAUAGGUUUGGGAGCUUUCGAUUCCUUAGUAUCCAUUAAAUCACUUUUUUUAAACGACAACUUUCUUAUAACAGUCCCACCAAGUUUAUUUAAAUCUAUUUUGACAGUCGAUUCUCAUCCAACGAUUCUCCUUCAUGGUAAUUCAUGGCAAUGCGACUGUUUGCAGGAAGACCUCAUUAAAAUGUCAAAAAAUGGGUUAAUUCCUAUAGAUCCAACUUGUCAUCGUCCUACAGAAAUGUUCGGUAAAUCUUUUACAGAACUUCAAAAUUACUGCAGCACAUUUUCCCAGGAUAAAGAAAUUGAGAGCUUAACAAUGCUUUCAAAGGAUUCUGUUGUAACUUCUAUAGACCAAUCAUGUAGUUUCGGUGAGGAGCCAUCAAAUAAUACAUCCCUCAGAGUGGUUUCACCAAUUGCAUAUUUUGACUGUCCAAACAUUAGUUUUAUUAAUAAUUUCAAGGAAUCGCGACCAUCGCGAUCAUUGAAGGAUGUAUCUGAAUCUGACUGGUUGAAACCUACAUUCUUACUCAGGAACAGUGAUGUUUCAGUGAUGCAAGUUGGUUCGUCAGCAGCUCCUAAUGGGUAUGGACUUUUGUGGUAUCAGUCCUCUUGUCCAAACGAAGUAUACUGCCUUAGAACAAUACCUACUUUCUUACGGGUCUAUAGAUAUAAUAUUCUCCCAACUACUGAAUAUACGUUUUGUCCUAUCGAUUUGACAUCAGUUGCGAUUCCAAUGCAUAGUUGUGUGACUUACAAUUUAUCGGCGUUGGAAGGAUCACAAAAUGUUGUUUACAGAUACUUUCAGAGCCCUUCUAUUUUGUACAUUAGCAUUGGUGUGGGUUUAAUAAGUUUGGGUUUAGGCGCGAUGUGUGUUUAUAUGAUAAUAAGAAAGAAUCCGAAUUUGUUGAAAGGCAGUAAGAGGUUAGUCUUCGUGAGACACAGGAAUGUGGAUGCGUUGGUGUUACCGCCGAAAAUUCCUUUGCGUAACACUGAUAGUUUCAUGGAGGAUGAUAUAUUUUCGAAAAAUGGUAAAAUAUUCACUGUGCCAGAUGACAGUAAGCUUUAUGUCAAUCAUUUUGUAAGGUCGAAUUCUGUUCGGAGUGAUAAAAGCAGCACGCCCACAUACAUUUCCGCGAUGCAGCCGACAGAGGCGCAGCUUGCUGAAUGGCGGAUAAGGCACCACUUUGAAAAUAACUCGUCUCUUAUAUCUAUUAGUUCUGAUAUAUCAACAUUUAGUUGGGCGAAUGAUCUUACCUCAGCUGAAAUCACCACAAAUGUUGUUUACGAAAAUUUGAAGUAA